AUGGAGGAUUGGAUCGUGACCGAGUUGGGCGGCGAGGGCGCGCGCCGGGCAUUGCUGCAGGAGCGCGCCAGCCCAAAGUGGGAGGCGAUCUGGAUGAAGUGCAUCAGGCGCCUGAAUGUUGCGGCGCACCUUGACGACGAACGCGAGGCGAACGAGGCGGCGCGGAAGUGCUCCAACCUGAGAUGCUCUGCCUGGCAAAUCGUCUCCAGGGCGUUGAAGGUUGUCCUGGCCAAGGCGGCUUACAACAAGCUUGUGAAAGAGCUCGAAGACGAGGAGACUGAGCGCAACCAAAACAUCGUGAUGAUGGUUACCGACAAGGCGGGCAAGAUCGGGGAGCACGGCGAUACAGAGGCAAGCCGCGCGACGGCGAAGAGCGGGCUCGACGGCGUCUUGGCCAGCAUCGCGUCGCUGGAGCCGAGCUGCAACUACUUCACCGUCAACUUUCAGGUGCGCGUAAAGAACCGCCAGAUCGAGAGGGACGGCCUCGAGAAGGCCAAGGCCAUCCUGCAGGGCGCAGAGUUCGGGAACCCGACGACGACGACGCCGGCGAAGAAGAGGAAGUGGGUCCCGAGGUGGACGACCCGCUGA